UCGCGAGAUGAGGAGCACCUGUUCGAAUUAAAGAGGACUUUUCAGUUCGACGUUGAUUCUACGUACAGAUACGCUGAAUCGAAACCAUGUGGACGGACGUGCGAGCAUUAGGGGUGCUGGUAAUAUUAGUCUCUUCGACGUUUGCGGAACUCGAUCUCGAUUCUUUCCAUCGUCGUGUACAUCCACCUAGAAGAGGAAGGAAGGAUUUCACGUGCGUAGAAGAAGGAUAUCAUCCUGAUCCUCACGACUGUAGGACGUUCUACAGAUGUGUCGAUUGGGGAAAUGGGAGACCUCUAAUGAAUUUUAGAUUCGAAUGUGCUGCUGGCACAGUGUUUUCCCCUCAGAGGGGUAAUAUCUGUACUCAUCCGAACGACAGCGGACGUCCAGAAUGUGGUGGAUACGAUAAUGAAAUCGAUUCGGGUGCAGAAGCACCAUCGCAAGCACCAGCUACGCAAUGGACAACGGAGGCAGUUAUCACGAGCACGACUGCACCACCUACGACUACGACUCAGGUUACGACAACCACAACUGGACCACCGCAAACAUCUUACCAAACGACUACCAGAAGUCCACCGACAACGAGCAACCAACCUUCUGUAACAAGUGGACAACCAGGGAACGACCAAGAGCAAACACAAUGCACUCGUGAAGGAUUCUUUUCUGACUCGAAUAAUUGCAGAAAAUUCUACAGAUGCGUUGACGAGGGUUCUGGAAAAUUCAUUAAGUACGAAUUUGAAUGCGGGGUUGGAACAGUCUGGGAUCCAAAAAUUGAAGGGUGUAAUCAUGCUUGGGCCGUAUCACGGGAAGAUUGCAAGGAAGGUACAGGGACUGGAGGUGGUAGCAGCGAUAAUAGUGGACAAUGGAACGGAGAUAACAGUGGACAAUGGAAUGGAGAUACGGGAGAUAAUGGAGGACAAUGGAAUGGUGAUACUGGAGAUAAUGGAGGACAAUGGAACGGAGAUUCAGGUAGUCCCGGACAGCCCGGAGAUCCUAGUGGUACACCCGGUCAACCAGGUCAACCUGGAGAUCCCAAUGGACAACCUGGUACCCCUGGCAGUCCAGGAACUCCUGGUACACCAGGUACACCAGGAACGCCUGGUACGUCUGAUACGUCUGGAUCCCCUGGCACCCCUGGCACACCUGGCACGCCUGGCACACCUGGUACGCCUGGCACACCUGGUAGCCCUGGUAACCCCGGUACACCAGGCACUUCUGGCUCGCCUGGCACGCCUGGUACCCCUGGAACUCCAGGCACCCCAGGCACGUCCGGCACGCCUGGUACUCCCGGCACAUCAGGCACCCCAGGCACACCCGGAACCCCUGGGAGACCUGGUACUCCAGGUACUCCAGGUACUCCAGGAACCCCUGGAACUCCUGGCACACCUGCACCCCCUGGCGAACCUGGAACUCCCGGUACACCUGGCCGCCCUGGAACUCCAAAUACACCUGGUAGUCCUGGGGAACCCGGAAUUUCUGGAUCACCAGGUUCUCCUGGUACACCUGGUAGUCCUGGCACAUCAGGCACUCCUGGAACUCCUGGUACACCUGGUAGUCCUGGAUCCCCUGGUACACCUGGUAGUCCCGGCACAUCAGGCACUCCUGGAACUCCUGGUACACCUGGUAGUCCUGGAUCCCCUGGUACACCUGGCAGUCCUGGGACUCCUGGUAGCUCUGGAUCCCCUGGUACACCUGGCAGUCCUGGGACUCCUGGCAUCCCUGGAUCCCCUGGUACACCUGGUAGCCCUGGCAGUCCUGGGUCCCCUGGUACACCAGGCACUCCCGGAUCUCCUGGCACACCUGGCAGUCCUGGCUCUCCUGGUGCACCUGGUAGUUCUGGAAUUCCUAGUACUCCUGGCAGUCCUGGAUCUUCUGCUACACCAGGCACCCCCGGAUCUCCUGGUACACCUGGCAGUCCUGGAACUCCUGGCACACCUGGCAGUCCUGGAACUCCUGGCACACCUGGUAGUCCUGGAACUCCUGGCACUCCUGGCACACCUGGAUCCCCUGGUACACCUGAUUCUCCUGGAGAAUCUGGAAUCCCUAGUAGCCCUGGAACUCCUGGCACUCCUGGCACACCUGGAUCCCCUGGUACACCUGGUUCUCCUGGAGAAUCUGGAAUCCCUAGUAGCCCUGGAACUCCUGGUACACCGGGCACUCCUGGAUCUCCUAGCACACCAGGCACUCCUGGCACACCUGGGUCAUCUGGUACAUCUGGUUCUCCUGGAGAAUCUGGAAUUCCUGGUAGCUCUGGUACUGCUGAUACACCCGGUACCCCUAGUUCACCUGAUACUCCUGGCAUACCCGGUACUCCUGGCACACCCGGUACCCCUGGCACACCUGGUAGCCCUGGCACACCCGGUACUUCUGGCACACCCGGUAGUCCUGGUUCCACAGGAACUUCUGAAACAUCGAAUCCGCCAGGUACAUGCACGAAGGAAGGGUUCUUCCCUGAUUCUGAAGAUUGUCGUAAAUUUUAUCGUUGCGUCGGUAGUGGUUCAACGUUUACUAAGUACGAAUUCCAGUGUGGCACCGGUACAGCUUGGGAUUCAACUCUGCAAAGCUGCAACCAUGAUUAUCUCGUUCCUAAUUGUAAAAGUGGAUCUAGUUCGUCUAGUUCUCCAGACACUACAGAUCCAGAUUCUUCUAGCAACGAAGUUAGUGGUACUACUAGUCAACAAAGUGCACAAACCGAAACAACUGCCCCAUCGACUAUAUCAUCUUCGAGCGGUUCAUCAUCUUCCUCUCCUACUCCUGCAUUAAUUACUGAAUCAACAGUUAGUGCUUCAACAACCAUUUCAACAACUUCUACAUCAGAUAGUCGACCAUCAUCUGUCACGUCAUCUGAACCUUCAAUAAUUAGCUCAACGGCACAAUCAGCAUCUCCUACAGUACAAACAAGUACAUCUGAAAUUCAGUCCACAGAUGUUACAGAAUCUGUCUCCGAUUUACCUCCUGAAAGCAGCACUACGUCUAGCACUUCAACCAUAACAACCAGCACAUCUCCUGCAACAUCACAAUGCACAGAAGAAGGAUUUUUCCCUGAUCCACAAGACUGUCGGAAAUUUUAUCGUUGUGUCGGUAGUGGCUCAACAUUUACUAAGUACGAGUUCCAGUGCGGUACUGGUACUGCUUGGGACUCAACCCUUCAGAGUUGUAAUCACGAUUAUCUUGUUGCUAAUUGUAAAAAGGAACCUGAUUCACCCAGUUCUACAGGUACGACAGAAUCAAAUUCAUCUGAAAAUGAAAUCAGUAGCACUACCAGACAACCAAUUACAUCUGAAACAGAAAGUAGUACAACAUCAAGUUCUACGUCGCCUUCUGCAUCAUCGGACAGUUCAUCCACUGUCACAUCAUCGAGCAGUCCAACAACAACUACAUCAACAUCGAGUAUUACAUCAUCGACCAGUAGUUCAAUAACUGACACAUCCUCAGUGCCAUCUUCCACUGCACCUCCUACAACUGAAUCAAGUGCACCUAGUUCUCAAUCUACAGUGCCAUCUCCCACUGCACCCCCUGUUACCGAAUCAAGUACAUCUACUUCUGAAUCUACAGUGCCAUCUUCCACUGCACCCCCUGUAACUGAAUCAAGUACAUCUACUUCUGAAUCUACAGUGCCAUCUUCUACUACACCUCCAAUAACUGAAUCAAGUACAUCUAGUUCUCAAUCUACAGUGCCAUCUUCUACUACAUCACCUGUAGCUGAAUCAAGUACAUCUAGUUCUCAAUCUACAGCAUCAUCUUCCACUACACCCGCAGCAGCUGAAACAAGUACAGCCAGUUCUCAAUCUCCAGGUGUUACAGAAUCUUCACCUCCAAUGAGCAGCACCAUUUCUAGCCCGCAAACAACCACUGUAACCAGCUCUUCCGGAACAUCUCAAUGCUCAGGAGAAGGUUUCUUCCCGAAUCCAAAUGACUGUACUAAAUUCUACCGCUGCGUUCAAUCUCAAUAUGGACUUCAAAGAUACGACUUUGAAUGCCCAGCUGGUACAGCUUGGGAUCAAUCUCUUGAAACUUGCAACUAUAUCAACCAGGUAGCAUCUUGCUCUUCAGAAAGUAAUGAAAUUGAUCACGGCCAAGGCGAUCAAGGAUCAACAAGUUCUACGCCAACAUCUACUUCAACAUCACCUGUCAGUAGCUCUUCUACUAGCUCAUCUGCUAGUACUACACCUGAACUAAGUAGUACGCAACCAGGAGAACCAGAAACUUCCACAAGCGCUACUUCAAGCACUUCCGGAAAACCAGCGGAAAUACAAGAAACUCCGAGUACUGAAGCCUCACCUUCUACGUCUUCAACCUCGUCAGCUUCUACCGAAUCUAGCAUUCCAGAUUGUACAUCGAAAAAGCCUAAUAAUACCAUAACUUGUGAUAAAGAGGGAUUCUACCCGCAUCCCACUCAGUGUGAUAAAUUCUAUCGUUGCGUCGAUAAUGGAAACGGCUUCAACGUGUAUCAUUUCGAUUGUGCACCUGGAACUAUAUUCGAUCCCAGCAUCGAUGUAUGCAAUUAUCCCGAAUCUGUUUAUCCUGCAAGAGAUUGCACGAUACCCACUUCUUCUAGUACAACUAGUACUACAGAACAAACAGCUACUACUGGGAGUGGCGAGGAAUCUACGACAGAGUCGAAGGGAAGCGAAGGAACCACCGUGUCUACAACAUCAACGAUACCUUCGAUAGAAACGAGUACAGCUGCGGAAUCCACGGUUAGUUCUGAAGCAACCACAGAGUCCACGUCAGAAUCAACUUCAGAGUCUACGUCAGAAGCAACCACCGAGUCCACAUCCGAAUCGACUGCAGAAUCUACUUCUGAAGUAACUACAGACUCUACAACAGCGCCAACCUCAGAGUCUACGACAGAAUCGACCUCAGAAUCUACAUCUCAAGCGACUUCCGAAUCUACUUCUGAAGUAUCCACCGAGUCUACAACCGAAAUAACCACCGAAUCAACAUCUGAGGCGACUAGCAGCGAAUCUACGUCCGCAGCAACGACUGAAUCGACGUCAGAGGCAACAACUGAAUCAACGUCAGAAGCAACUACAGAAUCGACAUCGGAAGCAACUACAGAAUCUACGGCGGAAGCGACUACAGAAUCUACGUCUGAAGCGACUACAGGAUCAACGUCUGUAGCAACUACCGAGUCCACAUCUGAGGCAACCACCGAGUCCACGUCUGAAGCAACCAGCGAAUCCACGUCUGAAGCGACCACCGAAUCCACGUCUGAAGCAGCCACCGAAUCCACGUCUGAAGCAACCACCGAGUCCACGUCUGCAGCAACUACCGAAUCCACAUCUGCAGUAACCACCGAAUCCACGUCGGAAGCAACCACCGAAUCCACGUCUGUAGCUACCACCGAGUCCACGUCUGUAGCAACCACCGACUCCACGUCUGAAGCAACCACCGAGUCCACGUCUGAAGCAACCACCGACUCCACGUCUGAAGCAACAACUGAACCCACAUCUGCAGUAACUACAGGAUCAACAUCUGAAGCAGCAACCGAAUCCACAUCUCUAGUAACUACGGAAUCGACAUCUGAAGCAACUUCGGAACCCACGCCUGAAGCAAGUACAGAUUCCAGUUCUACGGUAACGACUGAAUUAACAUCUGAAACUAGCACUGAAAGUAGUACCGAGUCCACCACGGAAGCGAUAACCAGUAGCACAACGGAAUCGCAAGAAACGACUUCCAGUACAGAACAACCUGUUUCAAUGCCCUGUCCAAUUGGGAACUUAACCGAGGAACAAAUCACGCUAGUUUGCCCAACUGGUUUCCGAAGGCAUCCAAAAUACUGUAAUCUAUUUUAUCAAUGUACCAACGAAGGUAAUAUGGAGAUCAAAGUACUGGUAUUAAGUUGCCCAGAAGGAACGGUCUUCGAUGAACAAAAGAUACAGUGCUUACCUGAAAACGAAACCAAUCAAGCUUGUAUGAGUACUAAAGCUGUUGGACGAUUCUAUAGACAAUUAGAAGAGAGUCCUGUGUCUCCUAUAAAGGUAUCGACCGAGAAACUGUGCCCGGGAGAGGGUCAUUUCCCAUAUAAACAAGGCUGCAGCAGCACGUUCUACAGUUGCAAACGAGACUCCAGAGACAAUCUUCAGGGUUAUUUGUACAAGUGUCCGCAAAAUUUCUUAUAUUGGUCGAUUUCGAGGAGAUGCGAACGUAUAACGCGAUUACCAAUGUGCGCACUGUAUGCGGCUAGAACCAAGUUCGAAAAUUGGGACAAGAGAUGGCAAAUUCCGGUAGAAGACUAUAAUCUGUCUGCCAGAAGCCUGUUUCCAUAAAUCAUUGAAAAAUAUUUUCUUCAUCUCAAUA